GACAAGGUAGUUGUGACACUGUGAUUUGUAUUUCAUUUCAGAAAAGGCUGGUGAAGAAAUACAAAGAAAUACGUGCGAGCUUUGAAAAAAAAUCUUGUGACUGACGUGGCAUACAUAAAAGUAUUUUUACAUUCUCUGAUUAUGUUUUUGGAAGCAGACAGGCAAAAUUUUAUCGUAGUUUCAGAGAGCUCUUAAAUAUUUUUGUCUCUGUUUCUCCAAAAACGCAUAGUACUAAACAAAACUGAGAAAAAAAGCAGAGUGAGAGAGAGAGAGACCCACAAAACACGAUGGACAUUAACCAACCCAACACCGGCCCACCGACCGGCGAUGUUUCCCUUUCACAGAUUCAACCAUCUCAACAGCAGCAGCAACGACGUCGUUUCAACGGGGACAGACACUCCAAAGUCGAUGGUAGACACAGACGAGUUCGAAUACCCAUGACUUGUUGCCCCGGUAUAUUCCGCCUGACCCGGGAACUAGGUCACCGAUCCGACGGCCAGACCAUCCAGUGGCUUCUCUCCCAGGUCCGCCCGGACCUUGUUCUUCCUCCUAGACCUUACUCGUUGAAGAACUGCCUGAAAUCUGCCAACCCUGUUCCUCUUCCUCAACCUCUAGGCUUAGAAGAUGGUACUCUGGAAGAUAAGGCUGUGGCACUUCUUCCGAGGCCCGUGGUGAGGGCCUCCGUUGUUCAGGCUUCGACGGUGUUGUACGACACUCCGGCUACAUUAGAUAAAGCAGAAAGACUUAUUGCAGGUGCUGCUGCCUAUGGAUCACAACUUGUUGUAUUCCCUGAAGCCUUUGUUGGUGGUUAUCCUCACAGUGUGAUGUUUGAUGCCAUGACAGAAAACCAUUCUGAGAUUAAUGAGGAGUUUCAAAAAUACUAUGCCUCAGCUAUUGAUGUACCUGGUCCUGAAGUGGACAGGCUAGCAAAUAUUGCUGGUAAAUAUAAAGUUCACUUGGUAAUAGGAAUAGUGGAGAGAGUUGGGUCCUAUCUCUUCAGCACGGUUCUAUAUUUUGAUUCGCUGGGGCGAUAUCUUGGUAAAUCCCGCAAGUUAAGGCAAAUGGCUUCAGAAUGUACAGUAUGGUGUUGUGGAGAUAAAUCUGCACUGCCUGUAUAUGAUACCACAAUUGGAAAAAUAGGCGGCCUUUUAUGUUGGGACAAUAGAAUGCCACAUCUAAGAACUGAAUUGUACGCCAAAGGCAUUGAAAUAUAUUGUGCACCAACAUCAGAAGCUAGGGAAGUAUGGCGUUCUUCAAUGACCCAUAUUGCCCUUGAGGGUGGUUGCUUUGUUCUAUCUGCAAAUCAGUUUUGCAGAAGGAAAGAUUAUCCGCUGCCACAAGAGAUUUCGUCUGGAGACUCAAACAGAGAUACAUCAUUGGAUAGAAUCCUUUGUGCUGGGGGUAGUGUUAUUGUUUCCCCAUCAGGGACCAUUUUGGCAGGACCCAAUUACCAAGGAGAAUCCCUUAUCUCAGCUGAUUUAGAUCUCGGAGAGAUUGCUCGAGCAAAAUUAGAAUUCAAUGGAGUUGGACACAAUGCAGAACCAAACUUGAGUGAUAGGAUCAUAAAGAGACACAAUGCAGCUUUAUUUGCUCCUGCCGUGAAAGAAGAAGUCUGUGAUGAAUUGUGAUGCCACUAUGUGGUAACAUUCCCCUAGGUUACCUGACAAAGAACGACUUAGGCUCAACAAGUUUUAGGUGGUAAAGGGUAAUCAAUGUAUGCGACAUCUUAGAGAUGUCAGGCAUGGAGAAACUUAACCCUGUCGGUUGUUGUCUCUCUAUGUAAUUUUGGUGCGCAUAGGAUGUGCAGUAGAUGGAUUAGAUUGUACAGUUAAUCACAAGCUGGUCAAAUGUAAUGAAGAAUUGUGUAAAUUGUUUGCGUCAACCGCAUCUAUGUUUGUGGGAAAAGAAGGAAAGGAAAACUGAAAAACCGUGCAUAAGUUUUUUC